AUGACCUCUACACGCUCCUCCUCGACCUUUUCUCGGUCGCUUCCAGUUUCUACAGAACGCCGCAAUUCCCGGAGGCCGUCCGGACGCUCCAUUCCUUCUCCAAUUGACCGACAACCUGCUCCCAAUGACCAAGAAGUCCCCACCAUCACGGACGAGAUCAGUGAGAUCAAGCGAUAUGAAGAUUUCACCACCAUAGAUUGGGUUCAAGAUGCUGUAUAUGAGCAGUCUCGGCGGCGCGCAAAGCGGCGCAGUGGGACUGGGUUCUGGGAUCAGGAGGGUAUCUUAGGAUGGAGACGGAAAGUGCACGAGUCCUAUGACGCCGGUCAGGCGUGGCUUGUUGUUACCCUUGUGGGGUUGGCAAUUGGAUUGAACUCAGCUGUGCUCAAUAUUAUAACGGAGUGGUUAUCCGAUAUCAAGCUGGGUCAUUGUACAACCGCAUUCUAUCUCAAUGAGAACUUCUGCUGCUGGGGCGCAGAGAACGGUUGCCCGGAGUGGAAGAAUUGGACUUCAUUCUGGAUGUUCAACUAUGUUUUCUAUCUCUUUGGCGCGUUACUGCUCUCGUCUAUUGCUGCUGUCUUGGUCAAGUCAUUUGCACCUUAUGCCGCGGGAUCUGGUAUCUCCGAGAUCAAAUGUAUCAUUGCUGGCUUCGUCAUGAAAGGCUUCCUGGGCGCCUGGACUCUCAUAAUCAAGUCCAUUGCCUUACCUUUGGCGAUUGCAUCAGGCUUAUCCGUUGGAAAAGAGGGGCCCAGUGUCCACUUUGCUGUGUGUACUGGAAACGUGAUUUCGCGGUUCUUUGGAAAGUACAAACAAAAUGCGUCGAAGACGAGGGAAAUCCUUACCGCAUCAGCGGCAGCUGGAGUUGCUGUUGCUUUUGGCAGCCCUAUUGGAGGCGUCUUAUUCUCCCUGGAGGAGAUGGCAAAUUACUUCCCGCUGAAAACGCUAUGGCGCAGCUAUUUCUGUGCUUUAGUGGCUACCAGUGUUUUGGCGGCUGUGAAUCCUUUCCGAACUGGCCAGUUGGUCAUGUUCCAAGUGCAAUACGACCGGACAUGGCACUUCUUCGAGCUGCUAUUCUUUGUCGGAUUGGGUAUCUUUGGUGGCCUCUAUGGUGCGUUCGUGAUCAAGUGGAACCUUCGCGUUGCUGCAUUCCGCAAGAAGUACCUCUCACAGUGGCCCAUAACCGAGUCAGUAGUUCUCGCUGGACUGACUGCGGUUCUUUGCUUCCCCAACAUGUUCCUGAAGAUCAACAUGACUGAAAUGAUGGAAAUUCUCUUCCGUGAAUGUGAGACUGGUCAUGACUAUCAUGGCCUAUGCGAGGCUAAGAACCGUUGGUCAAUGGUAUUUUCGUUGUCCGUUGCAACUGUUCUUCGUACUGGUCUGGUCAUCAUUUCUUAUGGUUGCAAGGUACCAGCUGGUAUUUUCGUACCUUCGAUGGCCAUUGGAGCUUCGUUCGGUCGCAUGGUUGGAAUCAUGGUACAAGCAUUGCAUGAAUCAUUCCCCAACUCGGCAUUCUUCGCCUCAUGUGAGCCCGAUGUGCCCUGCAUCACACCCGGAACCUAUGCGUUCCUGGGAGCUGGAGCGGCUCUCAGUGGAAUCAUGCACUUGACCAUCUCUGUUACGGUUAUUAUGUUUGAAUUGACUGGUGCUUUGACAUAUAUCUUGCCGACUAUGAUUGUGGUUGGCGUCACCAAAGCUGUUGGCGACCGAUUCGGAAGUGGUGGUAUCGCUGACCGAAUGAUCUGGUUCAACGGAUUCCCUUUCCUUGACAACAAGGAAGAGCACGUAUUUAACGUGCCUGUGUCCCAUGCCAUGACCACAGAUCCACUCUCAUUGCCAGCGUCGGACCUCCCAGUCCGUGAAGCAGAGCAUUUACUCAAUGACAACAAGUUCCAGGGUUUCCCCGUCGUGGAGGACCGUACUUCCAAGAUACUUGUGGGAUACAUUGGGCGGACUGAGCUUCGGUAUGCCAUUGAUCGUGCCCGCAGUCAGGGGAUGGUAGCCCCCAACGCACGCUGUGUCUUCACCAAAGAAGCAGUCGACGCAGCCGUUGCUCGAAGGGCAUCAGUCCCCCACCACACACGCUCAGAUACAUUUGAUGCAAUCCAAAGGAGCGUAGGCGCCAACGUUGUCGAUUUCUCACGAUAUGUCGACCACACGCCGCUCACUGUACACCCACGCCAUCCCCUGGAGACGGUCAUGGAGAUCUUCAAGAAAAUGGGACCACGAGUGAUUCUUGUCGAGCACCGCGGUCGACUGACUGGAUUGGUGACCGUCAAAGACUGCUUAAAAUACCAAUUCAAGGUUGAGGCCGAGGAACACACGGUGGCAACGAAUUCACCAGAAUUCUCGACGCUCGGUGGACAUCUGAAUACUCCUGCUCCGGAAACCAUAGAGGAGCGUUUGUGGCGUCAUAUUCAGACCGCGGCUAGGUUCGUAUCUGGCAAGGCCUCUCGCCGGCCGGUCCGGCUGCGUGAUCGCAAUACCACUGGACGAGGUGAGCCCUCAGACAUAUUGGAAGGGACAGAAGAGGAUGCAGUUGUGGAACUAGAGGACAGAGAGGACCGUCCCAUGAUUUCAUAA